GGGAUCCAUGUCAUCAAGUUCACUGCCAACACUACAGUUUCUUUGGGGUUAGCUUUGGAGUUACGGCCUGCUUCUCUUCUCAUUUCUGUUUGCGUGAGAUGUGGAUGUUGUCAUAACGUAUAAGGCCUACACUAUUUUCUAAUAUAAAAUAUACGUACAUUUUAAAAUGGCCUUCAAAGGAAGAAAAUCGUCGACUAAAAAUCCUCCGUUUUUCAGUCAUGAGUUUGUUAUUCAAAAUCAUGCAGAUAUUGUUUCUUGUGUUGCUAUGAUAUUUGUUGUGGGGCUAAUGGUUCAGGUAACUUCACCUCUGGCUUACAUGUUCAUUGCUGUCCAUCACAACGUGACCUCUGAGCAACCGUCACAAGCUGUUCCUGAUGUAACUCGCUACACCUAUGGCUACAAAGAUCUUUGUGCUGUCUUCUUUUAUUUCCUGAUUUGCAUUGUUAUGCAUGCUAUUAUCCAAGAAUAUGUGCUGGAUAAAAUUAGCAGAAAACUACAUCUAUCCAAAGUGAAACACAGCAAGUUUAAUGAGUCUGGACAGCUAUUGGUGUUCUACAUAAUGUCUGUUCUUUGGGGAGGAGAUGCCAUUCUGAAAGAAAAUCUUGUGUUGAACAUCUCAUCACUAUGGGAAGGAUAUCCACAUACAGAGAUGACUUUCAUGUUUAAGUUUUUCUUCAUAAUUCAGAUGUCUUAUUGGCUACACUGCUACCCAGAACUCUAUUUCCAGAGGACAAAGCGUGAAGAAAUGGCCGCAAGGGUUCGUUACGCAACUGUUGGUUUGGUGUAUGUUGCGGCAGGCUACUUACUCAAUUUCAAUCGUGUCGCUAUUUGCCUUUUGGUGAUUCAUUACCUCUCAGAAGCACUCUUUCACGUUGCCAGAUUGAUAGAUUUUGUUGACAAGGAGGAGAAAGGAAGCAAAGCAGGUUACCUAGUGUCAGACGUUGUCUUUGUGCUUGCUCGUCUGGCCUCCAUCAUCCUGUCAGUGUUGACUUUCUGGUAUGGGCUCUCUCUUAGUGACACUCAGGGUCUGGAUCUGCCUUCUGGCAACUUCAACAUUCCUGCCGUCCGACUAUUUGCUCUGGCUGCUGUAUCGCUACUCCAGGCAUAUCUCAUGUUCCACUUCAUCACCGACAAGCUGAGACAACUGCGUGAGCAGGCACCGCAGAUUCAGCCUAGAAAAUUACCGGUUAAGAAGGCUGUUCCGAAAAAGAAGAAGGAAGACAGUUCUCGGACUUUGCUGACAACUAUAUGGACAAAUAUUUUUGGACCUAAACCUAAAGGCAAGAAGUCCAGUGCUGACGACGAUGUGAAUGAGUUGCCCGAGGUUGACCAGAAUACUAAGAAGUCUCUCAGAUCCCGAGCCAAUAAAACAAAAUAAAGACUGCAGUAUAUGCACAAUGAAUGCUGUCAGAUGCAUAAAUGUUCAUUGUUUUACAUUCAAAUUUUGUUAUAAAUUACUUAAUUUAUUUUUAAUAGAUUUUUUUACAUUUUAUAUUAACAAAUUAAUUUAUUGUGGUUAUGUAAUAUUUAGAAACAUUUUCAGGUAAAUAAAGGAUUGGCGUGUGAGGCGGAUAAA